GCGUCCGUGUGUUUGUGUGUGUGUGUGUGUGUGUGUGUGUGUGUGCGUGUGUGUUGUGUCCCGUCCCAGCGGGGAGGGGCCGUGCGUGUGCGUGGACCCCUCCUUGGAAACCCUUGGCUCGGGUCUCCCCGCUCCAACCUCCCUCCCCGGCCCGAAUCCCAACCACCUGUGCACGGGAGAAACCCAACUCCUCCCGCUCGGCGCCCCCGGGGGGUGGGGGAGGCGGGGAGGCAGGGGCAGGGCCACGCCGCAGAAGGGGGACCACGCCGCCUCCUGCCUCCUCCUCCUCGUCUCCUCCUCCCCCUCCCCCGGCCUGACGCUGCCUCCUCGCGAAGGGUGUUUGGAGGGCAGCGGCCGCCCCAAGCCGGAGCCCCGCAGCGCUUCUUAUGAUCAGCUCGGUGUGUGUCUCCUCCUACCGCGGGCGCAAGUCGGGGAACAAGCCUCCGUCCAAAACAUGUCUGAAGGAGGAGAUGGCCAAGGGCGAGGCGUCGGAGAAGAUCAUCAUCAACGUGGGCGGCACGCGACAUGAGACCUACCGCAGCACCCUGCGCACCCUACCGGGGACCCGCCUCGCCUGGCUGGCCGAUCCCGACGGCGGGGGCCGGCCAGAGUCGGAUGGCGGCGGCGGCGGCGGCGGCGGCGGGGCGGGCAGCAGCGGCGGCGGGGGCUGCGAGUUCUUCUUCGACCGGCACCCGGGCGUCUUCGCCUACGUGCUCAACUACUACCGCACCGGCAAGCUGCACUGCCCCGCCGACGUGUGCGGACCCCUCUUCGAGGAGGAACUCACCUUCUGGGGCAUCGAUGAGACCGACGUGGAGCCCUGCUGCUGGAUGACCUACAGGCAGCACCGCGAUGCCGAGGAGGCGCUGGACAUCUUCGAGAGCCCGGACGGGGGCGGCGGCGGCGCCGGCGGUGGCACGGGCCCCGGCGACGAGGUCGGCGACGAUGAACGGGACAUGGCCCUGCAGCGCCUAGGCUCUCACGAGGGAGGAGCGGGCCCCGGGGCCGGGGCCGGGGCCGGGGGCUGCCGUGGAUGGCAGCCUCGAAUGUGGGCGCUCUUUGAGGAUCCCUACUCCUCCAGGGCGGCCAGGGUGGUGGCCUUCGCCUCUCUCUUCUUCAUCCUCGUCUCCAUCACCACCUUCUGCCUGGAGACCCACGAGGCCUUCAACAUUGACCGCAAUGUGACCGAGUUCCACCGUGUGGGGAACAUCACCAGCGUGCGCUUUCGACGUGAGGUGGAGACGGAGCCUAUCCUGACCUACAUUGAGGGCGUGUGUGUGCUGUGGUUCACCUUAGAGUUCCUGGUUCGCAUCGUGUGCUGCCCUGACACGCUGGACUUCAUCAAGAACCUGCUCAAUAUCAUCGACUUUGUGGCUAUCCUGCCCUUCUAUCUGGAGGUGGGGCUGAGCGGCCUGUCGUCCAAGGCAGCCCGGGACGUGCUGGGCUUCCUGCGUGUGGUGCGCUUUGUACGCAUCCUGCGCAUCUUCAAGCUCACGCGCCACUUCGUGGGACUGCGGGUUCUGGGCCACACCCUCCGCGCCAGCACCAACGAGUUCCUGCUGCUCAUCAUCUUCCUGGCCUUGGGCGUGCUCAUCUUCGCCACCAUGAUCUACUACGCCGAGCGCAUCGGGGCCAGGCCAUCUGACCCUCGGGGCAACGACCACACCGACUUCAAGAACAUCCCCAUCGGCUUCUGGUGGGCUGUGGUCACCAUGACCACUCUGGGCUAUGGGGACAUGUACCCUAAGACGUGGUCGGGCAUGCUGGUGGGGGCGCUGUGUGCACUGGCUGGCGUGCUCACCAUUGCCAUGCCGGUGCCUGUCAUUGUCAACAACUUCGGCAUGUACUACUCGCUGGCCAUGGCCAAGCAGAAGCUGCCCAAGAGGAGGAAGAAGCACGUGCCACGGCCGGUCCAACUCGAGUCACCCAUUUACUGCAAAUCAGAGGAGACCUCACCCCGGGACAGCACCUACAGCGAUACCAGCCCCCCUGCCCGGGAAGAGGGUACGGUUGAGAGGAAACGGGCAGACUCUAAGCAGAAUGGAGAUGCUAAUGCGGUGCUGUCGGAUGAGGAGGGAGCUGGUCUCACCCAGCCCCUAGCCUCCUCCCCCAACCCCGAGGAGCGCCGGACCCUGCGACGCUCCGGCACAAGAGACAGAAACAAGAAGGCAGCUGCCUGCUUCCUGCUCAGUGCCGGGGACUAUGCUUGCGCUGACGGCAGUGUGCGGAAAGGCUGUGAAAAGUCCCGGAGUCUAAACAACAUAGCUGGAGCGGCUGGAACCAGUCUGGGGCUGUCUCCACUGGCAUCGCGGUACAGCUCGCCUUACCCUCCGAGAAAGCUUCUGCUCUCACACCCAUUCCAUCCCCUCGCCAGCCCCCCGCCGGGCCACUCAGGACCUUAGCUACACCCUUGGCCCUCUUCGGCUCUGGGAAUUGGGACACACACCCUCGCAGGCACACGCUCUCCCAGCCCCUGUCCCUCCUGAGGCUGAGAGCAACAGGAGAAAACAGUGAGUCAGGACAGAGAAUUGGGGCACCCAAGUCUCCCUUGCACCAUGGCUUUUUCUCCCAAGUGUCCAGCCAUGGAGCCUGAGCUCAGGGAGGAAAUUGUUUCUAGAACCUCUAGCCUGUCAUCUGACCUCCCGAGCCAUAGGUGCCUGCAUCUCCAGGACCUGUGUGUCGGGCUGUGUCUCCAACUCAGGGUCCCACGGGGUAGUACGCAGCAUCCCUGGGACCAGUCAGCCUUGCUGGGGAGCCAUGCCUACAUUCAUAUUUUUAACCACAGCAAAUUUAUUUGCAUUCCUCGUGGCCUUUAACCAGUAACCAAAUAGCCUGUCUGUCUGUCCAUCCCACACCAAGAUCAGAAAGGGACAAACGUGGGGCAUCUCUGCUGGUGUAAAGGGCAGUUGACUCCUCAGAAGAGCAGUGCUCAUGGGCCGAGCUGCCUCGGGAGCAGGGACCUAGUCUUUCCUACCCUAGGCCUCAUACAGAGAUGCUAGAGUCGAAGCCCCAGACUUGGUGCAAGCCCUGGGCAGUGAGCCUAGGUGCAAGGUGGCCCUCCUCUCCAGGGGCCUCUGGCGCCCAGAUUCGGCGAGUGGCACCCAGCGGCCCACCUAGCAUCCCAUCUGCGCCCUGCACAGAGGCACCUCUCUCCCUCCACGCUGCUUCCUCUGCUUCCGCGACAGCGCGCUCCCUCUCCCGCAGCUCCCUCAGAUUCCCAGCCCUGCCUCUGAGUCACCUGCCACUCCCACCCAGCCUCUGCUCCGUAUUCCUGCCAGAACCGGAGACUCAUCUAAUUUCUAUAAUUAAGUGUGUUCAUUUACCUAACGAGCCCGAGAGCACAACAGGUUUGUGAGUCAUUGGGUGAGCAGGGGUACACCUUGCGCAGGGACAGCUGAGGGGAAGUAAGGAGACAGGAGUGGUCCUUUUGCACCUGCUCCUGCCACACCCAGGGAGGCCCACCCCUGCCGCUGACCCCACCCAUCUCCAAACAGGCCCCCUCCUCAGCCCAUAAGCAAGGGCUGAAGGCCGCAGCCAAGGCAUUUUCCUAUUUUACCUGAUAAGAAUUAGACCUGACAGCAGAGCCAUGCUCCUGGCAAUUUUUAGAGUCAGAUUAUGCAACUUUGUAGAGUGAAUGACUCAGGAUGGUCCAUAUCUGCUCCCUGCAGGGUGGCAAAGAUAGGCCUGGCAAGAUAGCUCUAGGUACCUGGUAGGAAGCUUGAAAGUCUGGGAGUCAACCCCAAAGGUGGCCCAGGCAGAAAGGUCAGAUUGUUUCCUGAGGCUAGGGGGUGGCGGCCAAGCCUGUGGCAGCAGUGCCCAUCAGCACAGUGAGCAAAGCCCCUGGACGUCCCUCUGGGCCAGUCUUGGGACCCGCCAGCCCUGCUGUGCUCCGUGGUGCCUGCCAACCACUUGCCGUCAACAUGAAAUGACUGUGAGAGUUGAGAGGAAGGUGACAGGAUGCGGGAGCCAUGGGGAAGAAGGAGACACUAGGCACCCUCUGUCCUCAGCUGAGUCCAAGGCCAGCUUCCUCAUCCAGCCCCACUGGGCAGGGCUUCUGUCGUAGAGGGACCAAGGUCUGACAGGGACAUGACGAGCCAGGUGUCCAGUUUCGCAUGGGUACCACAGCUAUUUUCUCUGCUGUUCUGGUUUGGGGAGCUGAGACGGCUAUUUCUGUGGCAGCCCUCAAGUUGUCAAGAGCCCAGGUUUCCACGGCACCCACCGCCUCCUCCCCUCUUCCUCCUACAGGGAUGGGCAUGCUCACAGCACCCCUGUGGGGGGCACAGAUGUCCCUGGGAGAGACCGUGCAGCAAUGCCAGGCUGGAGCCCCUAAUACCUUGGUGUGAUGGGGGGGAGGGGGAGGAUGAACUCCCACACGUCCCCCACCUGCCAGCUUAGUAGAGGAGAAACAGGGCCCAGUCAGAGGGAGUUUAAAGUGGGGGGGGGUCGUUAUUUGCAACUAACUACCUCUCGGGACUCUGGGCCUUCACUGGACCCUGGGAAAGAAUAAAUCCUGCAUUUCCAAAGGCUUCACAUACACUGGUCUCUGCCCUGAGAGGCGGCUGCCUCUCUUGGAGACUCCUCUUCAGAAGAGGGUCUUCCGCCCAGAGUCUGAGGGGGCUCUUUGCUUUCUUCAAACUGGACUUGGACUUGCACGGGUUGUGUUGGCUCUGAGAAAGAAACCUGUCCCUGCGGCUGGGGGAGGGGCCCUUUCCUAAGGAGCAGGCCAGCAUCCUAGGCAAGAACUCCUAGUGUCUCCUUCAGGUCCAUACUGGACCUUCUGAGUACCCGAGAAGUGGCUUCAGAGCUCAGGCUUCUGAAACAAGUGGCUAUGAGGUGCCACCAGCACAGGAGACUGCUUGACCUCCAGAUAGGCCGGCAGGAGCCGAGGGGGAGACUGAGCACUCCCCAAGGGUCUGACUAGGGCUCUCCUGACCAGAGUCGUCCUCUGAAGCCCCUGCUCUCCCGCAGUGGGUUAUGUAGAGAAGAUUCCAGAAUCAAGAGUCCAACCCUCAGAGGUCCCCAUGGACAGAGUGCUCGUAGAAGCUGCUGAGAAGCCACUAAAAGUCAUUCUGUCCCUUGUGUGCCUUGGCAUCUAGUGGCCUUCCCCUAGUGAGAGGAGACCAAUGGCUAGAUAUUACUGCAGGCACACAGGCAGGUGACUUUUAGGAAUUUAGGUCAAGGCUGUAGCUCUCUCUCCUUGUCCUCAGAAAUGGGGUUCGGGAGAGCUUUAAGCUUUUGUGGUUUCCUCAGGGAUACUACUUAGAGGCCUAGGACUCUAGUGAGUGAUGUCUAAGGAGUUGUUGAGGCCCACAACCUUAAGGAGAUGGGGACAGUGCCACCCUGAGAUGAGAAUACACUUUUCUCAGGGGAUGGCGAGGCACUUUAAGAGUAUCAGGGGAAAACUGUGAGAACUGGAUGACAGAUCCAAUCCCCAGCCUGCCUGGACCACAAACCUACUAGCUCCAGUUGACCGGGAGGGACCGAAACUCCCAACACACUGCUGGCUCUCUCCCUAGCUGUCCUUCCAGUUGCUGCCACUGGAAAGUAGGAGAAAGGAAGGCCCAGGCCUCAGGCAUCCCGGGCUGAGGGUGCGGUGCCAUUACAUAAGGACUCUCCAAGGGCUUGGGUUUCUCAGCUGCUGUGUGCCAGUCUUCUCUCCAGAGGCUGUGUGCCCCUCCAUCUGCCAAGACUCUUCCUGCCACAUGUUACCACACUGCUUCACCAGCUCCUUGGGAGCGUGGAAUAGUCCGUGGUGGUGAGGGCAGAUGGAGCUGUCUGGGGGAGAACUCAAGUUGAGGAAGAAACAGCUAGGGUGGUGGCCUGCGAGCCACAAGCCGUGUCAGGAGUUUGCCUUCCUGCUAGGCGGUGGGGUUCACGGUGGCUCCUCACCCGACUCUGUCAGGGCUCUGAAGACCUGAGAGGAUGACAGCUCCGAGAUAUGGUUACCUGAGCUGAGGCCAGCAUCACCUGGGUCCCCUUAGCCCAGAGGUGGGUUGGCAGAGGGGAGAUGAAGAGCUUACCCCAUUCCCUGACCCAUCCCGCCCCCACUCUGCCUCGCCUCUUAGCUCUGGGUUCCCCACGCCUUCUAGCUCUGCUCUGGAUCUGCUCCGUAGCCCACAGCCUGUGGGUCAGCAGCUGGCUGCCUCUCU